AUGACAACUGGUGACACUGUCCUGGGACGACGAAGUCGCCCCCAACCGGACUGGUACAUUGACAGCAGUGACACCCUGGACCCACUGCUGAAGCGUAGAAAUGAUGCCUAUGCAGCAUGGAUUGCCCAUGGUCGCCAGGACGAUCAGUUUGCCCGUAAAUUUAGAUCAGUGCGCAAUGCCUCCCGUUCUGCCAUACGCCGUGCGAAAACACAGUGGCUAGAGGAGAAAGCUGCGGAGGCGGAGCGAGCACGCUUCAAUGGCGCAACGGUCUGGAAAUGUAUUCGUGAUAUUCAGCGUGCUACUCUUGGCCUUGCCCCAACUAAGGUGCAGGCCAUCAAGGAUGAACACGGUUGUGUGUGCACCACAGAGGAGGAACGUGCGACAAGGUGGUGUGGCCACUUCAAAGGUGUCCUGAACAUUCGUAGCUGCGCCGACCCACGUGUCCUUGCGCUCUUGCUACAGCUGGAGAGCCAGGAUGAUUUCGCGAUCCCACCACAGCUAGCUGAAGUGACAAAAGCCGUCGCGCACCUCCAAAAUGGCAAAGCAGCCGGCAGUUCAGGCAUUAUCCCAGAGCUGGUCAAGGCUGGCGGCGACACCUUCAACUGUGCGCUCACCAAGUUGCUGGCCACCGUGUGGAAUGAAGAACGAGUCCCGCAAGACUGGGUAAAUUCUGUCCUGGUCCCUCUUCCGAAGAAGGACGACUUGUCACUUUGUGACAACUGGCGAGGAAUUGCUCUGCUGGAUGUGGUCGGCAAGGUGGUCGCUCGCGUUGUCCAAACCCGGCUGCAGACAGUGGCUGAAGAAGUCCUUCCUGAUUCCCAGUGUGGAUUUCGUCGUGCUAGAUCCUGCACUGAUAUGAUCUUCUCUGUACGCCAGAUCAGCGAGAAGGUCUUGGAACAUCAUGACAGAGCCUUCUUACUGUUCAUCGACCUGAAGAAGGCAUACGACAGCGUCCCCCGUGCCGCGCUUUGGGCUGUUCUCCUCCGUCUCGGUGUACCGGAGAAACUGGUCAGCAUUAUCAGAGCAUUCCAUAAGGACAUGGAGACGUGUCUACGCAUUGAUGGUCGGCUGUUGGACCCGCUAGAGGUACAGAAUGGCCUGCGCCAGGGCUGCUCCGUGGCACUGGUCCUUUUCAACCUGUAUAUGGCUGCUGUCUUCCAUACCUGGAAGCAGCGGAUGGAAGGCGUGGAUGGCUUCGGUGUCGAUAUCCGCUACAACAUCAAUGGUCAGCUAAUACAGAAGCCUUGCUGCACAGCAGUGUCAGACACCGUCGAGUGCGUAACGGAGUUUCGCUACCUUGGGUCGAUCAUCGAUACGUAUGGCCGGUGUUCGAUUGACAUUUCCUCCAGAAUUGCGGCUGCCUCCCGUGCGUUUGGCUCCCUGCGGAAGCCAGUUUUCAGCAACCACCAUCAGUCCGUCCGCACCAAGAAGAAUAUCUUCAAUGCGUGCGUUGUCACCAUUCUGCUGUACGGAGCUGAGUGCUGGGUACCCUCCAAGCCGACAUCCGGAGGCUCUCCACGUUCUACAUGCAGUGUCUGCGUACCGUUCUUGGCAUAA